AUGACUGGUGGCAAGAAAUGUGAUACCGAAGAAGUUAAGGAAAUGAUUGCGCAGCCGCCAGAUCAGACAUUCGUCCACUGGAAAACGCAAAGUUUAGGAAAUCCGUCAAGACCGCGGAGCAGUCCGUCUGACCGACGAGCCAAAGUCGAUUCGGGAAGAGGUCAAGAAACAGCAGUUAGUCUCAUGACAAAAAUGAGGGCUCGUGGAAUGCUUGAAGAUGAAUAUGGUGUUGAUACCAGGAUUCCGGCUGAUCCGCUAGACGAGAGGUUGGCUGAUACCUCCAGCACCCCCGUGAGAAAAGACAUUGUCUACGAAAAUACCGUUGAUGGUGGAUCUAGGCAUAAUACUAUUUCGAUCGAAU